AUGCGGAAGCAACUAAAGGUUGUGAGCAAGGCAGAAGAGGAAGUGAAACUGAAAGGAACGUCAAGAAAAUUUCUGGUUAUGCCUGAGCCUUGGUUAAAUCACGGCGCAGGAUGCUGUGGAAAGACGCCGAGGAGAAGAAAGGAAGGGCGGCUGGCAAGGGAAGGAAGGGUGAUCAGACUCUUAGAAAAGAUAAAGCUCUGCCUUUCAAAGAAUCUACCACCUCGCACUGACCGCAAGGAGUCUGACCAUGACUUUGCCAUCUCCACCUUCCAUGGGGUCCAUGACAUUGUCCGGAACCACAGUAGAAUUCGCAAGGUGGUCCCAGGCUCCAUGGGGCUCAUGGUCUGGCAGAUCUAUAGCCGUCUGGCCAACUACUUCAGGUGACCCCGCCCCAUGACAUCUACGGAGGCACAAUAUGUGGAGAAGACAGAGUUCCCGGCCAUGACCUUCUGUAAUUUAAACAGGUUCCAAACAGAAGCUGCAGCCACAUUUGGCGUUAUUUUUUUCUUAUGGAAUAUCAUAUCCAAAGUCCUUCAUCCUCAGGAAAUCAGUACCAAUUCCACUGGCUCUAAAGAGGCUAUUGAUUUUCUUGCAAGCGAGCAAAACUUCAGCAUUACGCAGUUUGUCAAGACAAAUGGUUUUUAUCUCAACAGUAGCACUUUGUUAGAAUGUGACUUUUUUGGAAAGCCAUGGGGCCCAGAGGAUUUUGCACAUGUAUUCACUGAAUAUGGAAAUUGUUUUAAUCACGGUGAAAAUAUCCAAGCAAAGGAAAAGAUGUUUCCGGAAGAGGCUUGCUUAAGCUUGCUCUUCAAUGUCAAUCAGGAGGAGUUUACUGAUGACCCAACCCUUGGCUUUGUCGACACUGGGAUCAUCUUUAUUAUCCACUCACGGAUGAAGGUGCCGCAGUUUGAUGGGUUAGGCUUGCCAUCACCUGUAGGAAUGCAUGCUCGGGUGACCCUCCGCCAGGUGCAGACAGCCCAUCAAGAAUACCCUUGGGGAGAAUGCAACGCUCACAUGAAGCUGCAAAAUCUCAGGACCUACAGCACCUCUGGCUGUUUGCAGGAAUGCAAAGCUUGGCACAUAGAGAAGCAGUGUGGAUGUCUGUCUUUUCUGCUUCCUGGAAAUGGCAUAGAGUGUGACCUACAAAAGUUUUACAACUGUGUGUCUCCUAUACUCAACCACACUGAAGUUAAGGGAUUAUGUACAAUGGGAACUCAUAAUUCCAGCUGCCCUGUUCCUCCUGAAGAAACAGAAUACCCUGAGGCCAUUUCUUAUUCUACUUUUCCGAGUCAAAAAGCUUUGAAACAUCUUUCCAGGAAGUUGAAUCAAAGCCAGCAAUAUAUCAGGGACAAUCUUGUGAACGUUGAAAUAAACCGUAGUGACGUAAACUAUAAAGUAACCCAGCCUCAAAAAGCAGUGAGUGUGUCUGAGUUACUUGCAGAUCUUGGAGGUCUGCUGGGCCUAUUUUGUGCCAGCGUGAUUACAAUGAUAGAAAUCACUGAGUAUAUAUUCACCAGUUUCUACUGGAUAUGCAUUUUGUUCUUGCUGAAGAUCCCUGAAGUGAGCCAGGGGGCUCCUGCACCUCAGGUUCAUCUGGGGAAUAAAAACAGCACACAGGAAUGCUGA